AUGAAUCGCCAACUGAACAUCAAGCCUGGUGGUGACAAGGGUGGCUUCAGUGGGCACUCAGCAGUGGUGCUGAGGCAGGCUCUGGGCAGUGCAGCUUCUUACCGUGCAGUUGGCAAAGGACCUGGGGCUGGCUUUGGCAGUCGGAGCCUCUACAGUCUUAGAGGGAAUCGGUGUAUUUCCCUCAACAUGGCUGCUGGUGGUGUUCGGACUGGAGGUUAUAAUUUUGGGGUGGGGUCUGAGUAUGGAGUGGGGAGGGCCACUGGCUUUGCUGGCAGCAUGUUUGGCAGUGUGGCCUCAGGGCCUGUGUGCCCAUCCAUGUGCCCACCCGGGGGCAUCUACCGGGUCACCAUCAACAAGAGUCUCCUGGCCCCCCUCAACAUGGAGUUGGACCCGGAGAUCCAGAGAGUGUGCAUCCAGGAGCGGGAGCAGAUCAGGGCUCUGAAUGACAAGUUUGCCUCCUUCAUUGAUAAGGUACGGUUCCUGGAGCAGCAGAACCAGGUGUUGGAGACCAAGUGGGAGCUGCUGCAGCAGCUGGACCUGAACAACUGCAGGAAGAACCUGGAGCCCAUCCUCAAGGGCUACAUCAGCAACCUGCGGAAGCAGCUGGAGACGCUGUCCGGGGACAGGGUGAGGCUGGACUCGGAGCUGAGGAGCGUGCGGGACGCAGUGGAGGACUACAAGAGAAGGUAUGAGAUGGAGAUUAGUCGGCGCACAGCAGCUGAGAAUGAUUUUGUGGUGCUCAAGACGGAUGCAGAUGCAGCCUACACAGUGAAGGUGGAGCUCCAGGCCAAAGUAGAUUCUCUGGACAAAGACAUCAAGUUCCUCAAGUGUUUGUAUGAUGCGGAGAUAGCCCAGAUUCAGACUCAUGCCAGUGGAACCUCUGUCAUCCUGUCCAUGGACAACAACCGGGACCUGGACCUGGACAGCAUCAUUGCCAAGGUCCGAGCUCAGUAUGAGAUCGCCCUGAAGAGCAGGGCCGAAGCGGAGGCCCUAUACCAGAGCAAGAUCCAAGAGCUGCAGCUGACAACGGGCCGGCAUGGUGAUGACCUCAAACACACCAAGAACGAGAUGUCAGAGCUGAACCGGCUUAUCCAGAGGAUCCGGUGUGAGACUGCAAAUGUAAAAAAGCAGUGUGCCAACCUGGAGACGGCCAUCACUGAUGCCGAGCAGCAGGGCGACUGUGCCCUGAAGGACGCCUGGGCCAAGCUGGACGAGCUGGAGGCUGCCCUGCACCAGGCCAAGGAUGAGCUGGCCCGGAUGCUGCGUGAGUACCAGGAGCUCAUGAGCACGAAGCUGGCCCUGGACGUGGAGAUCGCCACCUACCGCAAGCUGCUGGAGGGCGAGGAGUGCAGGAUGUCUGGUGACAACCCAUCCUCCGUGAGCAUCUCCAUCAGCAGCAGCAGGGGAAGCAGCUACUACCGCCCCAACUCUUCGGCCCGUGCCGACGCCGGGGCCAGCAGCGUGGUGGGCAGCUCUGGCAGCGCUUGGGCCGGGCAGACCAGGGCCAAGGGGGCACGCGGGGGAGACCUCAAGGACUCCCAAGACCUCAAGGGCAAGAGCUCCUCUGCCAGCGCCCCAGCCGGGAAAGCUGCCUGA